UUCACGGAAAGCAGCACCGCCACCAGCUGAAUAUUAUGUUAUUGGUGUAUGGAGUCAUGUCUGUCACUUGGGCUCGAGUACGAACUUUUUAUCAGUGUCAGAGACGUUCGUCGUCUGUUUUGUCCGCAAGAAAAUCUAAACAUAAUGUGAAAAGACUUCUUAAAUCCAACAUGAGCACCAAAUCACUCACCAAUGCUGAAUAUUGUGUUAAUUUAGUAAAGUAAGCGAAAUAUAACAUGCUAUAUUUCCCUAGAAAUUGGGCAUGGCAUCCCGGCAGGAAGAAUGACCAUGAGAAUUUCCUGUGUUGUUUGCUUUUAUCAGGAGCUGUCCAAAGAGCUGCAUUUGCUCUGCGAGCCUUCAACAUCGAGUUAGCCCAGGUUAGAGAUACAGUGACUGAUGGAAACCGAGGAUUGAUGAAAAUGCAGUUUUGGAAAGACGGCAUUGAACAAAUAUACAGGAAAACACCACCACAGACCCCUGUUGCCAUAGAACUUGCUGGGGCUGUGCAAUUCUUCAAACUGUCAAAGAGAUGGUUGACUCGAAUUAUCACAGAACGAGCCGAUCACUUGCAUGAUAAACCAUUCAGAGAUCUCAAACAUGUUGAAGAGUAUGGUGAAAACACUAACAGUUCACUGAACUACCUUUUACUUCAGUGUCAAGGCAUUCAAAACGUACAUGCAGACCAUGCUGGAAGCCAUAUUGGAAAGACUCAAGGGCUGGUAACUCUUUUAAGAUCAACUCCAUACCAUGCCAGCAAGCAGCGUGUACAUCUUCCAAUAGAGUUAUUGCUUAAGCACAAAGUUUCACAAGAGGACGUGAUACGAAAACAGAAUUUGACACAGUUACAAGAUGUGGUGUAUGAUGUCGCCUGUACAGCCCAAAAACACCUGCAGACAGCAAGAUCUUUGAAGAAAGACGUUCCAAAAGAUGCUUACCUGGUCUUUUUAAGUACAGUGAUAUGUGAUUGGUAUUUGAAGAAACUGGAGCAAGUUGGCUUUGACGUCUUUCAUGUUAAGCUUCAACAUAAAAACAGCAUGCUGCCAUACCAUCUGUGGUUACAGAAAAUUAAAAAAACAUAUUAGU